AUGGCACUCACUUUCUCUAGUAUCAGUUCCUUCAUCCUGCUGGUAUGGGCACUUAGGAGACUGCUGAACACCAUCGCUUCGAAAAAGCGACGCCCUUAUCCACCAGGACCAAAACCACUACCUUUGAUCGGAAACUUGUUUGAUUUGCCGAUAAGCAACGCUGCUUUGGUCUACACGGAAUGGACAAAGAAAUACAAUAGUCCAAUCCUUUACGCUGAAGCCUUGGGAAAUCGCAUUGUCAUCCUCAAUGAUUUAAAAGAUGUAGCACAACUGCUUGAGAACCCCGACCGUGCAAGGAACUACGCCGACAGGCCUGUGAUACCAAUUGUUGAAGUUAUGGGUUGGUCCAACAAUGUCGCCAUCAUGCCAUACGGCGAUGUUUGGAGGCAGCACAGGAGAAUAAUCCAAAACAAUUUCAACAACCCCAAAUCGGUACAAAAGCUCGAGCCGAUUCAGACCAAGAAGGUUCGCCAGCUGUUGCAAGGGCUCUUCAAUACACCUGAAAAAUUUGAGGCGCACAGCAAAAUGUUUUCCACUUCCCUGACGAUUUCGCUGACGCACGGGUAUGAAAUUAAAUCGAUAGAUGAACCCUGCGUCACAAUGGCAGAUGAGGCACUUUUGAUGGGAGUUCGACUACUUGUACCUGGUGCCAGCUUGAUGAACGUCUUCCCAGUCCUUCAACAUGUACCUGAAUGGUUUCCAGGCGCGUCUGCGCGGAAGACGGCUGGCGUGAUACGCCGCAUGACCGACGAGAUUGUCAGAUUCCCCCUGGAAUAUGUAAAACAAAGCUUUGAAGCAGGUACCGCAGUACCGUCUCUAGUUGCUGAUUUCUACGAGAAGAUGUAUACUAUUGGAGCAUCCGAGGUCGAAGAAGAAAUGAUAAAAAAUGUAGCAUAUACGGUGUACGGAGCGGCUUCGGAUACGACAAUAUCUUUUACUGGAUCCUUUUUCUACCUUAUGGCAGCGAAUCCACAAUCUCAGAGACAGGCACAUGCUGAGAUUGAUCGUGUUCUGGGAUCCAAGCGUCUCCCAACUUUGGCUGACCGUGAUUCACUCCCUUACUUAGAAGCGAUGUAUAGGGAAGUUCUACGAUUGAGGCCUCCCUUUCCACUUGGAGUACCUCACAAGGUCAUCGAAGAUGACCUUUACAAAGGCUAUUUGAUUCCUAAAGGGACGACUGUUUUUACCAACAUGUGGGCGAUGUCAAGAGAUGAAGUGGUCUAUCCGGACCCUGAUAUCUUUAAACCAGAGCGAUAUUUUGAUGCGGAAGGCAAGUUGAUGGAUGAAAAUCUUCUCGGUUACGGCUUUGGCCGCAGGAUUUGCGCAGGCAAGCGUUUAGCAAGCUCCACGGUUUGGCUUAUGAUGGCUUCUGUACUUGCCUGUUUCGAAAUUACCCCUCGCAAAGACAAAGACGGUAACACCAUGGAAGUUAAUGGCGACAUUGAGGAUAAUGGUAUGAUGAAGUAA